AUGGGUGAAGAAUUAGAAAAUCAACGCCAAUCAUUAUCUAAGGAAUUGUUACCGGAAUUACAAUUAAUAUUCACUUUAAAACCAGGAAUGGAUCGACGUCGAUAUAAUAUUCAGAGAGCAAAUGAAAUUGCUGCUGUUUUUUCUACAACGGCUGAUGGAGAAAUUCCAGAAUCGUAUGUUAUAAUACGUAAUAAGAAUACAAAAACUUUACAAAAAGUUAGUAUUAUGGAUCCAAAUGUUGAACCAUGGAUAUAUCCAUUGUUUUAUCCAUAUGGUACUCAAGGAUGGCAUCGUGAUUUAAAGAAAUUAAAUAGCGAUAGACGAAUAACUAGAGGACAAUAUAUUAAGUAUCGCAUGGCUAUUCGUGAUGAUUUUAAUGUUUUCUUAUUAGGACGACGUUUAUUUCAACAAUGGCUUGUGGAUAAUUAUGUAAAAAUUGAAAAAGAUAGAACGGAUUAUUGCAAGACUCAUCAGAAAGAAUUACGUUCUGAGACAUAUCAAGGUUUAAUAGAUUAUAUGCAAAAUUUGUCGAAUAACUUGAAUGGACGUAUUGGAAAAAUGGUUAUACUUCCUUCUUCGUUUAUCGGGUCACCGCGUAACAUGUUACAAAAUUAUCAAGAUGCAAUGGCAAUUGUUGCUAAAUUUGGUAAACCAGAUCUUUUUAUCACAAUGACUUGUAAUCCAAAAUGGCGUGAAAUUGAUGAAAACCUUUUACAUGGUCAACAAGCUUCUGAUAGACCUGAUAUUUGUGCUCGUGUUUUUAAUAUUAAAAAAGAUUAUUUAAUAGAUUUGAUUACUAAACAAAAAUUUUUUGGUGAAGUAGCAGCAUAUGUAUAUGUUAUUGAGUUUCAGAAACGUGGUUUGCCACAUAUCCAUAUGUUGAUCACUUUAAAACAUAAUUUUAAAAUAACAACUCCAGAAAUAAUCGAUAAAUAUAUAUCUGCAGAAAUUCCUGAUCCUUGUGAGAAUCAUAAUUUACAUGAUAUAGUCAUGAGACACAUGAUUCACGGGCCUUGUGGCGAUUGGUGUUUG